GUAAACACCGACUGCGUUCACCGUAGCUGUCCACGUGUUCAUUUAUUUUGCAGUUUCAUUAUCUCUUUCUAAUUCACUCUAUAGCGUCUUCGUUCCAAUGUGGGUUAUCUACAGGUGAGGAGGAAGGAAACUAGUCGACUCUUUCAUUCUCACGGUGUUCUUAUGAAGCAGCAGAUGUGACGUCACGUCUGUUGCUGCAUAAGAAACCGCGAGGACGAAAAAGUCGAUUAUUUUCCGUCUUCCUCAACUCUUAGUACCACACAUCGUCUUCGUUCAACGUUGUAAGAAAAGAACACGUCUACGUUUUCUAUGGUUAUCGUUGUUUUGCUAUUCUACAGUCGUGAAAAAGUUCUUAGUGUUGUUGUCGACCAAUUUUUACUGUUUCAAGUUAAGAUUUUAAAACAGAUCCUAAACUUUUCAAUCGCAAUGGACGUAUCAGCAUCAUCGAUCGAAAAAAAGAAAUACAGAGAGAUCCUAGCGGAAGGCUGCAUUUCCACGGAAGACGGAUUUGUAUUGUGUGCCAUCGAUGCUGCCAACAGUUGCAAAUACCGACAGAAAGCUGAAAAAUUUGAUGCCGGAAAUUUUAUCCGACAUCUUCGUACAGAACACACCAUUCUGGCCAAAUCACGUGGACUACUUAAAGAUGAGGCGGAAGUACCAUCCAAGAGAAAGAAGGCAUCAAAAAAAAUGAUUGCCAUCGACAGGCAAACAUUUGUCGAAGCAAUAUUGAAACUGGUGACCGUCCAUCACGUUCCCCUGCACUGUGUCGAAUGGGAAGGGUUUCAACUGCUCUUGAAACCCAUUGGUGAAGCACUAAAUAUGUGCAUGAAUCGCCCUAACGUUCUCAGACAUCUUGCUGCCACAAAGAUCCGAUCCGCGAUUAGAAGUCUGGUGAACGGAAAGCUUAUAUGUCUAAAAAUCGACAGUGCUUCUCGACAUGGACGACACAUCCUGGGUGUCAACAUCCAAUUUUUUGACCCAGAGCAGCAGCAGGUAGUGAUUCUGACCGUCGGUAAGUGACAGCAUCUUAUCAAGUUGAAACAGGGCGGAUUGCAUCUUUAUAAUUAGGGAGACACUAUUCCAAGUACAGCUUUUUCGUAAAAAGUUUAAUGCAUGGAAUGGGAUAUCCCGUGAUUCGCCGUACAUGUAAAUCAUAGAUUUAUACUCAAAAUAAUUUCAUUUCUUCUUCAGGGAUGAUUGAACUUAAUGAGAGGCACACUGCCAAAUUUCUAAGGUCGAAAAUCGAAGAAAUACUCGCAGGAUACGGCAUUUCACUUGAGCAGAUAUUUUCUAUCACAUGCGACAACGGUGCAAAUAUGAUUGCAGCUGUAAAGCAGUUGCAGUCAUAUUUGCAGGUUAUGA